AUAAGAAUAAUAAAUAAAUGUAAAUAAGUGAUAAAACAAGGUUAAAAUCAAGGUAACAGAUUACAUGUAUAUUUCACUACCCAUCUGUCAGAUUUAAUUCCAUUUAAAUAUGGCUGAACUACCAAUAAUAGAUCUUUCAAAGAUUAAAACUCACCGUAAUGAGCUGGCAAAGGAAAUCGUACAUGCCUUGGAGAAUGUUGGAUUUCUCUUUAUAGAAAACAUACCAGAUCUUGAUUUCGAUAUAUUAUACAAAUGCUGCAGGUGGUUUUUUGCUUUGCCAUGGGAAACUAGAAAGAGUCUGAUGAGAAAUUUUUGGAAUAAAGAGAGCAAAAAUCUGUAUCGUGGUUACUUUCCAGUUGUAGAAGGCGAACCAAGUCGUAAGGAAGGUUUUGAAUGUGCACGAGAUGUGCCUCCAGGUGACACCUCUGUUUCCCCUAAAAACUGGUUCUAUGAGAAAUCAGUAUGGCCUGAAGAAGAUGGAUCCUUUCCCUUCAAAAAACAUAUGCAGGAAUCAUACGAAAUUUUUCACAAUACUGCCAUGGAAAUCCUUAAAUUGUGUGCAAAAGGGCUAGGAAUAGACGAGGAUGCAUUUACUGGCCUUUUUGCAGACAAGCCAAUGUCAACUCUAAGACUAAUGCAUUAUCCUCCCUGGGACGGAAAACCACCAGAAAAUGCUAUCAUUGACGAUGGUAGAGUUGUAACAACUCCAGACCAUAUGGAUUCUAACUUUUUAACCCUUCUUAACAUAUUUGAAUUUGAAGGACUGGAAGUUAAGAACGCUGAUGAUCAAUGGGUAGCUGUUCAUCCAAGGCCUAAAACUCUUAUCAUGAAUAUUGGGGUCACAUUAUCAAGGAUGAUGGGUGGGCGUUUAAAAGCCACUAGACAUCGUGUGAUGGACAUUGGUGUGGACCGUUUCUCGUUGCCUUUCUUCUUGUCACCUUCGUAUAAUAGUGAUGUUGGAAUCAAUUUUAUGUCUCAGUAUGAGAAAGGUCAUGCUGAGCAUGUACCUGAACGAUAUGGACCAUGGGUUCUACAUCGAAUCAAACAUGAGAUUAAAUAUUUUGAGUACAGAGUUCUACCAGAAAUUGAAGAUUAAAAAACAAUUUGAUGUAAAAAAGUAAAAGCUUCAGAAUCACUCAUUGACACAUACAUUUUUACUUAAUUAUGAUUAAUUCUUAAGUUUGGCAAUAAAUGCAUGAAAUAGAGC